AUGAUGUUGGCAGGUCUGCCCUCAGUGGCGAGGACUGCUAUGUUGAGGAGUGUUUCUGUUGUAGGAGUCAGGUCUGUGUACAGUGGGCGUGCCAGUCUGCUGCGUAUGUGCGCGAACCGGAGGUAUUCUGAUAUGAAGAAAAGUGGCGAUGAGGGCGCCACCGAGACAUCGGGUGCAGCCUUGGGUGGUGGUAAGAGCGCAAGCGCUAACACAAAUACAACAGCAACUACUGCGAACUCAAGUGCAAAUGCCAAUGCCAAUGCCAAUGCUAAUGCUGAUGCCUCGGUUUCGCAUGCGUUAUUGGCCACUAGAGAACAGGAGGCUAACAAGGAUCUAACAAACCCAGAGGCACAAGCGACUUUCUACAAACUGCUACUGCAAUCAAACUACCCACAGUAUGUGGUCUCGAGAUUUGAAACGCCGGGGAUCGCCUCGUCUCCGGAGUGUAUGGAGCUCUACAUGGAGGCUCUGCAAAGAAUAGGAAGGCACGCCGAGGCUGAUUCGGUCAGACAGAACUUGCUUACAGCAUCCUCUGCUGGCGCUGUCAAUCCGUCAUUGGCUUCCUCUUCGCCAGGUUCCUCGGGCUACCACACGACAUUUCCAUCCCUUUAUUCUCCACUGUAUGGUUCCCGCAAAGAGCCCUUGCAUGUGGUAGUCUCUGAAUCAACUUUUACAGUGGUUUCUCGUUGGAUCAAAUGGGUAUUGUUUUUUGGUAUUUUCGCUUACGGUGUCUCUGAAGCAUUCAAGUACAUUGCAGAAAACACUACUUUGCUAAAGAACUCUGAAGUGGCCGAUAAAUCUGUUGAUGUAGCAAAGACCAACGUCAAGUUUGAUGAUGUUCGUGGUUGUGACGAGGCUCGUGCUGAACUGGAAGAGAUCGUUGACUUCUUGAAAGACCCAGCCAAGUAUGAAUCCCUAGGUGGUAAGUUGCCAAAGGGUGUCUUGCUGACUGGUCCACCAGGUACCGGUAAAACAUUGCUAGCUCGUGCCACCGCAGGUGAAGCAGGUGUUGAUUUCUUCUUUAUGUCGGGUUCUGAAUUUGAUGAGGUCUACGUUGGUGUUGGUGCCAAACGUAUCCGUGAACUGUUCUCACAAGCUCGUGCGCGUGCUCCAGCUAUCAUAUUCAUCGAUGAAUUGGACGCCAUCGGAGGAAAACGUAACCCAAAAGAUCAAGCCUACGCAAAGCAAACUUUGAAUCAGCUUCUGGUCGAAUUGGAUGGUUUCUCACAAACCAGCGGUAUUAUCAUCAUUGGUGCAACCAAUUUCCCAGAAUCGUUGGAUAAGGCUCUGACCAGACCGGGUAGAUUUGAUAAAGUUGUGAACGUCGAUCUACCUGAUGUACGUGGUCGUGCUGAUAUUUUGAAGCAUCACAUGAAAAAGAUUACUCUAGCACCAAACGUGGAUCCAACUAUCAUAGCACGUGGAACGCCAGGCCUAUCUGGUGCGGAAUUGGCUAAUCUUGUUAACCAAGCUGCCGUGUAUGCCUGUCAAAAGAAUGCAAUUGCUGUUGACAUGACACAUUUCGAAUGGGCUAAAGAUAAGAUUCUAAUGGGUGCUGAGAGAAAGACGAUGGUUUUGACUGAAGCUUCGAGACGUGCAACCGCUUAUCAUGAAGCUGGUCAUGCUAUUAUGGCCCUAUACACUAAUGGUGCUACUCCAUUGUAUAAGGCUACCAUUUUGCCAAGAGGCAGGGCAUUGGGUGUCACAUUCCAAUUGCCAGAAAUGGAUAAAGUGGAUAUCACGAAGAGGGAAUGUCUAGCAAGACUUGAUGUAUGCAUGGGCGGAAAAAUUGCCGAGGAGAUAAUAUAUGGAAAGGAAAACACCACAAGUGGGUGUGGCUCCGAUUUACAGAGUGCCACUGGUACCGCUCGUGCUAUGGUAACACAAUAUGGUAUGUGUGAAGAUGUAGGACCAGUGAACCUAGGAGACAACUGGGACAGUUGGUCUAAUAACAUCAAAAAUACAGCUGAUAAUGCCGUCAUAAGUAUACUAAAGGAGUCUGAAGAGAGGACCAGAAAACUACUGGAAGAAAAGAACGAAGAGCUCCACAGAUUGGCCCAAGGUCUUGUUGAGUAUGAAACGUUAGAUGCCUCAGAAAUUGAAAAGAUAUGCAAAGGGGAGCCAAUUAAUAAAAGCAAAUCAUCUACUAAUACUGUGGUUGAAGGGCCUGACAGUGAUGAGAGAAAGGAUAUCGGUGGUGGAGACAAGUCGAAGAUACCGACAAUGUUAAAAGUUUAA